AUGAUCAGAAAAUUGAUGAAUUAGUUUUAAUGAUUAGAAAUGUUCCCAGCGUGUUGUGGUUGUCACAUGGAGAUUUCAGGUUAAGUGGAAAGCGAAAACCUCCUCGAUGAAGCGAAAUGUAACCUCGAGGCUACCUACAAAAUUUUUCCCCAAAAAAUUUCCAGGUCUAAAUUUAAAACACAGUUCUCCGUUUACACCAAAAUUUCCAAAUGAGACCGUCUCGGAUUAGGUCAAGGAUCGCAAGGUCAACGAGUCGCUCAAUGACUUCGCUCGUUGUGCACUUUUGACUUCCAAAUUCCGGACCGCGGCCAAAUUCGAAGGGCUUCUUUUUAGUUUGUUCCUCCCCUUGACGUCCACAUCCUCGAUAUAAUGGCGAACCUCUUAAGAAAACUCGGCGAGCAGAUCAGAAGCCCCGAUUUCCGGAGUUAUUUGAUGAGCACCCAUUUUUGGGGCCCGGUUGCUAAUUGGGGAAUACCACUGGCGGCGAUCGCCGACACAAAGAAGGAUCCUUCAAUAAUCAGUGGGAAAAUGACAACAGCUUUGUGUCUCUAUUCCGGCGUUUUUAUGCGUUUCGCUUGGAGGGUGAAACCAAGAAACCUCCUCCUUCUGGCGUGUCAUUUCAUUAAUGAGUGUGCCCAAUUGACUCAAGGUGCAAGAUUUGUCAAUUACCACUACCUGUCGAAUAAAUGAUUGUAUCUCCAUUGGGUGCAAUCAUAAUGAUUGCACAAAAAUGACAUAGGAACACAUAGUGAUAAAAUGGCCAAUUCCCAUUCCAUUAAAAGCAAAGACUCAUUAUUUUUAGAAUAAAUUACAUUCAAUGCUUGUGAA